GUUGAGUCGAGUCGAGUCGUUAACGUCGAGCGGAUAAAAUUUUGUUAAAAAGCCCAGAUACAUAGAUACAUUUUGCACAUCUUUUUGUGUUAGAGUCACUAAAAUAAGACUUUCAGAUCUAGCAAAUAUGUCCCAUAGUUCCCCGAGAAGCGUAUCCACUGCUGUAGCCACUUAACAAACAAUGCCCAAAGUUAAGGCGCACGGAAUCUCUAAUAAUCGAAACCAAUAAAAUGAGCCCCGUCGCCUGCAGCACCAACACUAACAUCGGUCACAUCGAGCAGGUUGCAGGCACUCAAAGGACACAUAUAGCUGGGAUAAGAUCAAUCCGAAUCGGAACAACCGCAAUCACAACGAUAUUGAACCAGCGAUGAGAUGGAGCGUCCGUUGGGAUGACGAACUCAGAAACUCAGUAAGGGAGCUGCAACUGAUACUGAAACUGAAACAGAAACCACAGCGGCACUCGGAAUUUAGAGGCGACGAAAAUAGAAAAUCUGUGAAAUUCAACCCAAAAUAAACGGCAGAGGCAGCCAUGAACAGUGCGGAUAUAUUGUAAUUAUUAAUGAGCGCAUAGAGCGGGCAGAGUGAGCGGGGUGACGAAGCAGCAGCGACGAACAGAGCGAUACGUAGCGGGAUAUCACGAUGUACACUCUGCUGGAGCUCGACUAACACACUGACACACACCCACCCCAGCCCAGGACCCCCAGUCCCGACAGAUUCCCCACAGGACGUAAGGACGACGGCAGGCAGGAAAGGCAACGAAAGGCUCAAUUUCAAGGAAUUUGCAAAGCGCUCGCAGACAAGCUCACCAGUUCACCAGCUCACCCACACACACACACACAUGAGCGGGCAUCUCGUCAGGAUAGAAGUAAUUAAAAGUAAAUAAAGGAGGCAAGAGAAAACCAAAAAAAAGUCCCUAAAGCGUGAAGCGCUGGAAAGGCAGGAAGUAACCUGAUUACGGGCAGAGGAGCAGCACAAGCAGCAGCAGCAGCAAUUAAUGCCGCAGGAGGAAGGAAUCCGAUUCAGAACCAGAAGCAGAAGCAGAGGAAGCGCAUCAGGAUCUGCUGCCACUGGACUGAGCUCGACUCGAUCUACCAUCACGCGGACGCGAAGCGAGGAUUGGAGAAAGGAACAGAAGAGAAGAAAGGAAGCACUCUCUAAGCUCUAAACACCCACUCAACCAUACACAUGCACUGAAGUACUGACUGAAUGCCUCGCUGCCUAAACAACCAACUAACUCACUGACUGAGAGACUUCAACAAGCGGAGAAGUACGGAGAAAGCCCUGACUAGAAGCCCAAGUAGCCGAGCGGAUAAAAAAAGGGGGAACCAGCUAGCAACUAAACUAAAGGAGCAACCUUGACUAAUAACUGCAACCACAAGAACAGCAACAAAACAACUACAACUUACUUUAUACGCAACUAAAAAAAAGGGAAAACAAACAAAAAAGAAUAACCCAAAAACCAAAAACUUCGAUUUUUAAUGCAAGACUACGAAAAGCCACGACAGCCGUUUUAAAUAAGCAACUUUCGCACCCUCCCGAAAUUUCAACUUCCAACACCUGAAACAAGAAACCAAAUCAACACACAAACACCCAAACACACAGCCCCACCAUGAGUGAUUCAAAAAUGGACAAGCUGGCCCGGAUGGCGCCCCUGCCCCGCACACCGCUGCUGACCAUCUGGCUGGCCAUCAAUAUGGCCUUGAUCGCACAGGAAACGGGCCACAAACGGAUCCAUACAGUGCAAGCGGCGACUGGCGGUGGCAGCAUGCUGGGUGACGUAAACAUAUCCGCUAUACUCGACUCCUUUAGUGUUAGUUACGACAAAAGAGUAAGACCCAAUUACGGUGGACCUCCUGUCGAAGUCGGAGUCACCAUGUAUGUGCUAUCGAUCAGCUCGCUCUCAGAAGUGAAAAUGGACUUCACAUUGGAUUUUUACUUUCGUCAAUUUUGGACCGAUCCUCGUUUAGCGUAUAGAAAACGACCUGGUGUAGAAACACUAUCGGUUGGAUCAGAGUUCAUUAAGAAUAUUUGGGUACCUGACACCUUUUUUGUAAAUGAAAAACAAUCAUAUUUUCACAUUGCAACAACCAGUAAUGAAUUCAUACGUGUGCAUCAUUCUGGAUCGAUAACAAGAAGUAUUAGAUUGACUAUUACCGCAUCGUGUCCGAUGAAUCUACAAUAUUUCCCCAUGGAUCGCCAGCUGUGCCACAUUGAAAUCGAAAGCUUCGGUUACACGAUGCGAGAUAUCCGAUAUUUCUGGAGAGAUGGACUGAGUAGUGUUGGCAUGAGCAGUGAGGUCGAACUACCGCAGUUCCGAGUUUUGGGACACAGGCAGAGGGCGACCGAAAUAAACCUAACCACAGGCAACUAUUCGCGUUUAGCCUGCGAAAUUCAGUUCGUGCGUUCGAUGGGCUACUACCUUAUACAAAUCUACAUACCCUCUGGACUGAUCGUUAUUAUAUCAUGGGUAUCAUUUUGGCUCAAUCGCAAUGCAACGCCGGCGCGUGUGGCGCUCGGUGUGACAACCGUGUUGACAAUGACCACUUUGAUGUCGUCAACAAAUGCAGCGCUGCCAAAGAUUUCGUACGUCAAGUCGAUUGACGUCUAUCUGGGAACAUGCUUCGUUAUGGUCUUUGCCAGUCUACUGGAAUACGCCACGGUCGGCUACAUGGCAAAACGAAUUCAAAUGCGAAAACAAAGAUUUAUGGCGAUCCAAAAGAUAGCCGAACAGAAAAAGCAACAGCUCGACGGAGCGAACCAACAGCAGGCGAAUCCCAAUCCCAAUGCAAAUGUGGGUGGACCUGGAGGAGUGGGCGUUGGACCCGGCGGACCCGGAGGACCCGGUGGCGGGGUCAAUGUGGGCGUCGGUAUGGGCAUGGGACCGGAACAUGGCCACGGGCAUGGACACCACGCCCACAGCCAUGGACAUCCGCAUGCGCCCAAGCAAACAGUGAGUAACCGCCCAAUCGGCUUUUCCAAUAUCCAACAAAACGUUGGUACGCGCGGUUGCUCGAUAGUGGGACCCUUGUUCCAGGAGGUGAGAUUCAAGGUCCACGACCCGAAGGCCCACUCCAAGGGCGGAACGCUGGAGAAUACGGUGAAUGGCGGACGCGGCGGUCCGCAAUCGCAUGGACCGGGUCCGGGCCAGGGCGGCGGACCGCCCGGCGGUGGCGGAGGCGGUGGAGGCGGGGGCGGACCGCCCGAGGGCGGUGGCGAUCCGGAGGCAGCGGUUCCAGCCCAUCUCCUGCAUCCGGGAAAAGUAAAAAAGGACAUCAACAAGCUGCUGGGCAUCACGCCCUCCGACAUCGACAAGUACUCACGCAUCGUGUUCCCCGUGUGCUUCGUGUGCUUCAACCUGAUGUACUGGAUCAUCUACCUGCAUGUCAGCGACGUGGUCGCCGAUGAUCUGGUGCUCCUGGGCGAGGAGUAGGGCGUCGUCCACAAGCGGCGCAAGCAGUCGAGGGCGUGGCCCAAGGACACAGGAGUGAACAGCGCACGAGAGAGUCAAACUUGGCAGGGCGCUGAAAAACCACACAAAAAAUAAAAAAACGCAGAAACCAAAACCCGCAAAAAAAUACAGAAAAAUAGGCACAAAAAAAAACGAAGCGGAAACAAAACUAAUUUUAACUAGCGAUAUGAAAAUGCAGAGGCAGAAGAGUUUAUUGUUUAAUACAAUUGCGGAAAGGACACACACACAUAUUACAAGGUCGAAAGCAAAGAAUAUUGUUAAAUAGAUUUACACAGAAUAUAAAAGAAAACAUAAAGAAAACAACAUUAGCAUUAACAACCAAACGAGUAUAAAUGAAUGAAGAAUAAUCAAAAGCAACAGAUUAGCAAAUUGUAGUGAAAAUUAUAUAACGAAAGGCAUAAGUGAAGGAGUUGAGGAGAAUUAUGAACCGACAGAAAACCAUUUCAACCACAAAUAUAACGAUCAAAAAUCAUACGCAACAUAGGCAUUAAACGGAAACGAACGAUGACAUUGAGAAACCCUCGAAAUAGCGCAGUCGAUAAGUUGAAAUCAACACACCAAAAUACUAGACGUUAAAUAAUUUCCAUUAUCUUUGCGGCGAUUUUGAGUUUAAGUUUAAGAUACGAAUGACCUUUGCUUCCCACUUCAAAAGCAAAACACCCGGAGAGUCUUCCUCUAAUUUAAGUGCGUUCCCCCUCCCUUUUAGCUGCACGCUCCCAGUAACCGCAAUGAAAACCAAACCUGAACUUAACCGAUACUUAACCAGUACUUAACCGGAACUCACUAUGCUGAUCCAUUGAUUGCCCAUUCAGUUGGUUGAUUUGAUUUAUUCAGAACUGACUUAGCGCUUCCAAGUGAAAUGGCCAAAUUUAUUAGAAAUCAAAAUGUAGUAAAGAGGAACAAUUUCGACAAUUGCAAAUCAGUUUGGCGAAUGAUUUCGUUAAGUUAACUUUAAAUGUAUAUCGAACACGAGGCAGUCACGUAAGAUCGAGUGGUUUUUAAUCAUUUGCACAAGACACAACCAAAAAGCCACACAUACACACUGAACUCGACACGGAUGUUAUCGAUUACUUUGGAGCGCACCUUUUAUAAGAAAGCAUCGGAGUUAAGUCAUACAAAUAGUUAGUGCAAUUGACAUAGCGAAAUAAUAGUAUGAACGAUAACGAUUCAUUUUAGUUACACCAAUUUUUAUAUCAACUUUAAACUAACAACAAAUUAUUCAAUAUGCACUCACUCACUCACGAACACAAGAAUCAAACUGAAACCGAUAUAAAAACAAAAACUUUUCGAAAACAACUUUGCGGCACCGUAAGAAAUCAAUCUAAAGUCUAAGUGAAAUUUUCAAACGCAAGUAAGCCCAAUAAAUACCAGUUAAUUAAAAACGAAUACAAAUAGAACAUAGAACAUAAAGAGUACACAAGUAUGAAUGAAACUGCCUAAGAAAAAUAGCAUAUAAGGUAUAACAAAUAGUUGCUAAAACAAGAAAAAACCAAACAAAAAAUUGAACGAAGACAAUUGAUUUUCAAUUUGUAAAUACAAACAGAAGACAGUCGGAACAUUCUCAAAGCAAAGUAGGAGCAAAACUUCGCAAUUAAACUUAGUUAAUGUAAUCGGGUCCGAUUAAGCGAUUAACUCGGAUGCGUUCAAGCAGUCAAUAAAGCGAUAAGCAAACAAAAGAUAGUUAUACUUACGAUGCACCGUCUUAAGUUAGCCUAAUGUCACACAGAUACACACCAACACACUGACAGGCAGACAAUGGGACACAGAUACUCGACGUAUAUAUCGACAUAUACAUAUAUAUAUAUAUUUGAAUUUUCGCUCAAGUUCCUCGAUGAAUCACAGACACAAAGAGAAAGAAACAAAAGAGUUAAGUUAAUUCUAACACAUAAAUUAAAGGCAAGUGAGUUUAACUUUAAACGUAAAAUAAAGAAAUUAAAAUACAAUUUAGCACAAUGGAGAUAACUAAGCAAGCCAUACCAAAAUAUCAUCAAUGAAUUUUAAUUUAGUGUUUAUGAUUAGUGCAAGUGCAGAUCAGAUCGUAAGGCUAAAGAAUUUUGUACAGUUAGCUAAAGUUAAAGCUAGGAUUUAGUUAAGUGCCAUAAUAUGGCCAAAACACACACACACACACAGACAACCACACGUAUAUGUACAUAGAGUAUGGCUUAAGGCGACACAAGUAUAUGAGAUAUAUAUAUAUAUUCAUAUAACGUAUUUAGGCACCUACGUUUAUGUAGCACGAGUUUUUUAUAUGUAAACCAAACCAAAUUGAACCCUAUUCCCUAUGGAAAAAGAGAAAAUCACAAAAACAAUUAACUGUAUAUACGAAAAGUACUUAUGAAUGGAAGACAGGCAGCGCAGGCGAAUGCGGAUGGCGGUGACCCAAAAUGGAUCAGCUAUGGAACCCUAGAUAUACUUAAGACGAAACCUUUAACCCUUCUUAAGGACUACCUAACCAAUUCAGCAGAACGACUACAGAAGAGAACCCAAGGAAAAUUACUUUAUUAACGAUCUAGACAGACACAAACACUCACUGACACAAGUUGAAACAAUUGAAACAAUUAUGAAAUAACAGAUGGAGUCGUGACCCGACUAUUCGAUACCCUUUAGCCACAACCUCGAUCGUCUGUCUGCUCUACGUCAAAAUGCACCAAGAGUCCUUACCCAUUUUGUACCAACAGUUGGCUAAAGAGUAUCACAAUUCUUAACUAGGAAUCUGAGCGAAAGAAAGCAAUAUAAGGUUUACCAAAAUAAUAAUUGAUUUAACAAUUAAUUUAUGAUUUACUGAGCCAAGUGAAACGGAUUUGAAGCAAACUGCAAUUGAGAUCAACCAGCCAUACAAAACAUUCCCCAAGAAAAUAGUUAUGAUCCGAGACUCGGCAACAUAAAAGUGAAAUCGGUGAUAUGGAACAUAAAUAAUAUAUAUCUGCUUAUAUAUAAAAAAAAAAAACAGUCACACAAUUAUAUAUAGAUAUAUUUUGUAGCUAUACAAGUCAUAAAUCAAUUAUGUUACCGAAGACAGAAAUCAAAAUGUUUACAAAUGGCUGAAGUUCAUUCGUAAAAAUUCUAUAAAAUAAAUAAUCCCUAUAAAUGAGGUCAAAUACAUUUUUGAUGCGACAACAACAACAACAAAUAGCUGCUCAACGGUUUCGGAGCGUAUUUCCAAAGAACGUAAAUUAAUGAUGAAAAAAAAACCAUUUUAGUUGUAAACAAUGCAAAGGCGAAAUAGUUGACAAACAUUUUUAAAGAAAAGAAAACACACUUAAUGGCAAAUUGAUGCGUUUAAUUUUUCAUAUGGAAUUUUUUACUCUACAACCUAGUUUACGAUAUUAUUUGUGGAAAUGGAAAACCAAGAAAUUUAGUUGCCCAUAGUGAGGACUUUUUUAUAAAAGAAAAACAAAUUAACGACGCAAGACGAUGAUAUGCAUAUGUACGUGCUGCGUAUGCAAGAGCAUUUAGGACAACAACAAAAACAAUGAGGACGGAGCAUUAAAUAUAAAAAAAAACGAUGAAAAUAUGUAAAAUGUUAAAUUAUACACACAAUGAAAUGUUUGAAGCAUUUUUGGUGUCGCUGUUUAGACGGCGGCACCAACACCAACGUUUUAUAAAGCAACCGAAAGGGAGAAAUAAAUAAGUAAAUCUAUAUUGAUGAUCGAUAUAUACGUGAUGCGAUGUAAUAAUUACGUAUGUAUGUAUAUGAUGUAUAUUUAAUUAUAUAUUAUAUAUGUAUGGUGGUCUCAAAAACAAACAAGCAAAACCAAAAAUGAAAUUCUAAAGUAUUUAGAUAAGCAAACCAACAAGUUGAGAGCCCUAGAUUAAGCUGUACCACACAAUACACAGAUGCAGAUACAGAAACUGAAACAGAUGCAGAUACAGAUACACUGAUAAAAACUGGAACCCAGUUCAUGCAGAUUGCACCGAAAGCGUAAUUAAAAACAUUUUUAAAGUGAAUUCAAAGUUAAUGCAAGUGAAUAUUAUUAUUGAGAAAUAGUCUAUAACCCUAGGCAGCAAGACGAGAUAUUGAUUGAACCAUGAAUUGUUAUAAUGAUAAAACACACUAAUCACACACCACACAUACUUACGGUUGUACGUUGCAUACUCUUAGUUUGUUAUUAAACAAAUCCCCCUGAGUCCGCAUCAUUAUCCGUUGAAUCCUUUGCUCAAGCAAAUUAAAAAAAAAUAAAAUGCGCAAAUUUGUUAUUACAUUUUUAGGAUGAGGGACCCCAGAAACUAAAAUUCUCGAACAAAGAUAACCCUUUCGCGGGCCCUGGCUACUGAAAUAUAUAUAUGUGUGUAUGCUUUGUUAGCCAUCAAUUUACCAGCUUCAAGUCUCAUACCAUCGUCGUCGAGCAGUUACAGCUAUCGAAAGCUGAUCGAGGAGCAGUGUUGUUUCUAUAUAUAAUUUUUGGUUUUAUCCGUCCAUCAAAAAGAGUUCCUAAAUGCAAUAAAUGAACAUGUUUUAUGAUUACCAGCCAGCCGGCCUGCAAUCUGUUAGGACCCCAAACAAAAAUCAUAGUUCACAUUGGUCUGCUGUCAAUUAUUGGUUCCACAGCCCCUCAUUCCCAGAAUUUCGGUUGCUCAACCCAUUGGCCUCGGAAACCCCAAAAUGAAACACCCACACCCACAUAAGUAUAUAAGCAAGCUAUGUUUGAGGAGCCUCGGAUUGGGAGGGAAAGGCAAGAGGAAUAAUUUAAAACGUAAUGCGUAUGUAAUGAUUGAUCACUGAUCACAAAUUUUGACUGUGUUAAUUUCGUUAUAUAAAAUGAAAAACAAAAUUAAGAAAAAACCAAAAAAAGGAAAACUGAAAUGAGAAUAAUUAUCUAUAGCAUAUAAAUGAUAAACACACACAUAACAAAAUAAUUAAAAAAGGGAAAAUAAUAAGAGAUGAGUGUUACAAGAAAGUAAAUGAUAAAACCCAAGAAGGAACCUAUAUUAUUAAGUUAAAUACUAAAACUAAAAACAUCCAAAGGGAAAAAUGCAAACCAAGAAGGAAAAUUAUAAUAUUGCAAUGAAGUGAAUAUAA